AUGUGCAAACACAGCCAAUCAGCAAAGGGCUUGACUGAGAUCGGUUUUUCUCCUGUCCAAAUACUGUUACCCAGUGUGCUUUGUGGUGGCCACAAGGACGAGUUCUUGACGAAGAAGCCAAACCCCAAACUACCUCAAAAUCCUGAAGCUCCUCUGAGCCUCAGAAGUGCUGGGAUUUCAGACAUAAUUCAGUCCAGGCUGGAGAAUUGGUAUUUAUCAAGUGAUAAACAAGAUAGGAAUGCUUCAGAAGGGGACAUUUUUGAAGAACAUAAUCUAGUAAUGCAUAAUAAUGGGAAUGCAGAUGCUGAAGAAAUACUUGGAGAUACACGAUCUCAAGUGCAAAAUAUUGUGGAAAAAUUUAAAGGUGACAUUAACAAGACUCUUCACGUAAAAAGAAAAUCCAUGGAAACUUAUGUCAAAGAUUCUUUCAAAGACAGUAAUGAAAACUUAGAACAAAUUUGGAAAGUGAACAAACGGGAAAGGAAGAAGGUCAACAACAAAUUUUGUAAGCAGUAUAUAUCUACAUUUCAGAAGUUUGAUAUGGAUGUACAGAAAUACAAUGAAGAACAAGAAAAUUCAGCUAUCAAUUUCCAAGCACAACAAAAAACAUUUAAACUGUCAACAAGUAGUCAGAACCAGUCCCUGAAAGCAAUUAGAGAAUUGCAUGAGAGUUUCAUGCAGGGUUUGAUGAACUUGGACACCAACAACUAUGAUGUGCUUCUUGAUGUAGAUGGUGAACUGAAAAAGGAAAUGUCUGCGUUUAAAAGAAGCAUCAUGAAGCAUACUCUGAAGUACUCUUCUACUUUUGAUGCUACUUCAGACUAA